CUUGCUGGCGCUGGAUGCGGUUGUUGGAAGGAGCUUGAGGGAAGGCGGUGAGGUAACUGGGGCCUGGAAAGGAAAGACGGGGCUGGAUCGGAUCGGAUCGGACUGGAUCAGGCCAGGCGGGCGGUUGACUCAAGCACCGAAACCGGGCCCGACGACGAGGGUUUGAAGGGUGACGGUUUGUCGAGGAGCGGCCGUGUUUUCAGGAGGAGUGAGAGGGAGACGUUCGUUAAUGAGUGAACGAUAAAUGUGGCUAGGAAAUUUUAUGCUCGGGGAGAGAGAGGGGAACGAAAGAGGCCCGAGACUUGUAGCGUGAACCGAGGGGGCGGCCCUGAGAAACCCGGGGCGCUGUGUUCGCGGAGAAGGGAAGGCGCCAUGGCUGGUACCAAUUACAAUUGCCUUAACCGAGCUCAACUGACCUUCGAAUACCUACACACCAACUCAACCACCCAUGAGUUUCUUUUUGGAGCAUUGGCUGAACUAGUAGACAAUGCCAGGGAUGCAGCUGCUACAAGAGUGGAUAUUUAUACUGUGCGGAAUGUAGAUUUGCGAGGAAUGUUCAUGCUGUGUUUUCUGGACGAUGGAGCUGGGAUGGAUUGCAAUGAGGCUGCCAGUGUUAUCCAGUUUGGGAAGUCUGCCAAAAGGACUCCAGAAUCCACACAAAUUGGACAAUAUGGAAAUGGACUCAAAUCUGGCUCAAUGCGAAUUGGCAAAGACUUUAUCCUGUUUACGAAGAAAAAGGAGACUAUGACCUGUGUUUUUCUUUCAAGAACGUUUCAUGAAGAGGAGGGGAUUGAUGAGGUGAUAGUUCCACUUCCAACAUGGAAUUCUAAAACCAAAGAGCCCAUUACUGAGAACCCUGAGAAAUUUGCCAUUGAAACAGAACUGAUCUACAAGUAUUCACCAUUCAAGUCCGAAUCGGAGGUCUUGGAACAGUUUGAUAAAAUCAAAGAGGAUAAUGGGACUUUGGUGAUAGUUUACAAUCUUAAACUGAUGGAUAAUGGGGAACCAGAACUGGAUGUUACCUCUGAUCCUACAGAUAUUCUGAUGGCAGGACCACAACUUGAAGGAAUAAAACCUGAGCGACGUUCUUUCAGGGCAUACACAGCUGUAUUGUACAUUGAUCCGAGGAUGAGAAUUUUCAUUCAGGGUCACAAGGUCCGAACAAAACGACUCUCCUGCUGCUUGUUUAGACCCAGAAUGUACAAGUAUACAUCAAAUCGGUUCAAGACACGUGCAGAACAGGAAGUCAAAAAAGCCGAGCAUCUGAUGAAAAUAGCUGAGGAGAAAUCACGGGAAGCAGAGAGCAAAGCACGGGCACUGGUAUUGAAGUUGGGAGAUGACUUGAGCAGGGAAUCGAGGGUUCAUCUGCGACAGGUGCAGGAUGCUGCCUUCAACCUAAGCCGAGAAGCUGAUGUGAAAAAACGAAUACACGAGGCAAAACUCAGAGCUUUGAAAGAGCCAAAGGAGAUGUGCUUUAUUUUUGGUGUGAACAUUGAACAUCGUGACCUGGAUGGAAUGUUCAUUUAUAACUGCAGUCGUCUCAUAAAGAUGUACGAGAAAGUCGGACCGCAGCUGGAAGGAGGAGUUUCAUGUGGUGGAGUGGUGGGUGUGGUAGAUGUCCCCUACCUCGUUCUGGAGCCAACUCACAACAAACAGGACUUUGCAGAUGCCAAGGAGUAUCGGCAUCUUCUGAGAGCCAUGGGCGAGCACUUAGUGCAGUAUUGGAAAGACAUCGGCAUUGCACAGAAGGGAAUAUUGAAAUUCUGGGAUGAAUUUGGCUAUCUGUCAGCCAGUUGGAAUCAGCCGCCUUCUGAUGAGACAUUGUACAAGAGGCGACGUGCUAUGGAAAUCCCAACCACCAUUCAAUGUGAUCAAUGUUUAAAAUGGAGGACUCUUCCCUACAGAGUGGAUGAUGUUGGUAAGGAAUAUCCAGACAGUUGGACGUGCUCCAUGAGUCCGGACCAUGUACAGAAUCGGUGUGAUGCUCCAGAACAGAAACAAAAUGUUCCAAUAGGGACACUUCGAAAAGAGGUGAAAUCGCAUGAGGAAAAAAUACAGGCACAACAAAAGAAGUUGGAAGCAUUAAAGAAAAAUAUGCCUAUCCGUUCACAGGCAGAUUUAAAAAAAUUGCCACUGGAAGUCAGCAGCAAACCCUUGCUGGAGGGACAGUCAUCUGCAAGUAGUCAGCGACCACGAUCACCACCUCUGGCUGAUAUAAUCAAAAAUGCUCCAAGUCACCCACCUCCAACAAAGUCCCAGACUUUACUGCGAAAGGGAUCUGCAGCUAGAUCUGUGGGCAAAGUUGUGACCCCACACACCAGCUUUAAUAGUAAGAAAGCAGCAAUCAACACAGGGCGGCCCCAACAACGGCCAACAAUCUCUGCAAAACAAAAACCUUCCAAAGUUGGAUCGCAGCCUUCUACUUCCACGAGGAAUUCUCCUUCUAUCUCUGCAAGCGUGAAGAGUCAACAAUCGAAAGGAGCAAAGACCUUGGGACUCAGGAAAGACACUCUGAGUAGGGGGACACAGUCUGCAGGGACACGAAAGAGGAAUACAGCAAUAGAAAGCAGUGAGGAAGAGGACAUGGAAGAUGAGGAGGAAGAGGAGCAGGAAGAAAGGAAAGUGAAGAUAUCUGCAAAGGUUUCAGACUCGAAGCGCCUUAAAAAGGACAUAGCCGAUGUUGUGGAGAUUUCAGAUAGUGGAGGAGAGCUUGAGGAGGUGGAUGAGGCCAGCACUUCAAAAGAUAGAGGGCUUCUUGUAGAAGUUAAGGUUAAUAAGGAAUGGCAUACAGGCCGAGUCACUGAUGUUGCAACAAGUAAGCAGUCAGUGCGAUGGAAGGUCAAGUUUGAUUACGUUCCAACUGCAACUACUCCAAGAGACAGAUGGGUUGAAAAGGGGUGUAUGGAUGUACGGCUGAUGAAACCACCAUCUCCAGAAUACCAGACGCCUGACACACUUGGUGUGGAGGAGGACAUCUCUGUGGAAACAGGAUCAACUUCUGACAGUACAAGGAUGGAGCCAGACACUACGCAACCAACAACCAGCAAAGAGACUGUGGAAGCGCUGGUGGUGAGCUUCAGGAAUGCAUUGCGAUAUUUUCUACCACCAAAUUACAGGAUAACAAAGGAGGAGUUAAGUUCAAUGACACCAGAAGAGCUGGCUUCAUUCCCACUGAAGGAUUAUUUUGAACAGUACGAGGAGGGCCUGAAGAACCUCUGCACUGCGUAUCAGACAAGGGCUGAAGAGCGUGUCCGAGCAACUGAGAAGAAGCUGCAGCAAAAUGAUGCAGAGCUGACAGAUGCACAGGAAAAGCUCUGUAAAUUGCGAAAUAACAUUGUAGAGCUGUUGCGGAAAGUACAAGAGGAUAUUGAAAUUAACACAGAUGAUGAACUUGAUGCAUAUAUUGAAGAACUAAUCACAAAGGUGGACUGAUGUGGAUGCUACCAUGCCUGCCACAAAGUGGGUCAGAAAGUCUGUUGGCACACUGCUGCAAAGUGGACUUUAAAAAAAGUUAGCAGUGUUUUAGAAAAGAGUUACUUCAUUUUGAGGUUUUAGCUUUAAAGUUUUACACCUUGUUCAAUGGGCUUGGAAUUUUGUAUUAUAUUUAUUAAAAUUACAACUGUACCAUUUUUUUUUGCCAGUCUAUCUCCUGACCAUACAUGACCACUGUUUAUUCUCCCUGAAACCUUCUAAGUUUCUUGGCUACAUGGACUACAGUUGUCUGUUUGAAAUUUGUGUACCUUUUGCAGGCUUACGCCACUCCAAAAGCCUGCCCCACCAUUCAGUAGGAUCAUGGCUGAUCCAGCACUCCAUUGUCUUGCAUUUUCCCCAUAACCCUUGAUUCCCCUACUGAUGAAGAAUCUAUCCAGGUCGGCCUUAAUUGAACACAAGAUGUUCAAAGAUGCUGACAUUUUAGGAUCUGUUGCAGUGGGUACUGCCAUCCCUCUGCCACCUCAGCACAUUCUUUAUGUGUUGGCCUUGAUCGGUGGUGCUAUACUCAAGCUUGGUCUUACCUUCAUGACAAAUGCAUUUUUCAGUAGGGUUCAGUGCAUUAGGAACAAGGUUAAUAUAGAUUGUUUUGCAAGACCAAAAGUUUACUUGCUCUUGGCUGAAAUGUCAGUCCCAUUGAUAUGCUAAUGGGUCUUGAACUCUCACUUUUUAACUCUUAAGAGUCAACUGAACAAUUUAAAGCCUGUAUUUAAAGCCCCUCUUUGUGGUAUUAUCUUCUAGCAAUAGUAUACAUUCCCCUGCUUGUUCCUUCAGCUACCCCUCCCAAGGAAGGCAAGUCUUAUUAACAGCAGCGAUAUCAAUUUGAGAUAAUCUGUGUGAAUUCUAACAUUCCAAGUUGCUAUUUAGUUUGUUUUCUUUGAUGACAAAGAAGUAUCCUACAGGCUAUAAUUCCCCAUUAAAAAAGAAGUGGAACAAUCCAUUUUGAGAGCACCUGUUCUUGCCUCUUCACCAUUUUGGGUGAGCAGAGAGUAUCCAAAAAGGGACUGUUCAGUCACAAAUACUGCUGUUCAAAGACCGCUCUGUCCCAACUCAUGCCAGGCACUCCCCAGUUUAUCAGAUCUGUCAUUAGCACCAAUUCACUUUCAUGUCAGGACUUGGUAACUGGUAUGACCUUGCAAAUGACUCAAUUGAUUCAUUUUCCAGAUUUAAGAGAAGAAUUCUCCUCCCAAUUUCAGAAAUGCAACAAUUCUGAAUACAAAAAGAAAGGUAAUUAAAAACUAUUGAGGUAUUUCCUCUGGUCUAAUGCAGGGACCGAUGGAAAGGAUAGACCAAUUAAGUGUACGUCCCAUUCACUGACAUACUGGCAUUUAUAAGCAUUAUCUGUGACAUGGACUUGAAAAGAAUGCAGAUUCUUAGUUUACAUUUCAAUAUAAAGACAGACCACAAAUCAGAGACACCCUGAAGAAGAGUUACACCUGAAACGGCAACUUCUCCACCACCUGAUGCUGCCUGGCUUGUGUUCUUCCAGUCUCUGCUUGGUGUCUACCACAAAUCCUUAGUGACAUACAGAUUUUAAGAAUUUAGUAAAAGUAAAUCUCAUGCACUGUUACAGACCUCAGUGUUUUGAUCCCAGCUGGUGAUAAUACUGGGCUAGUCAGACCCCAGUCUUAAACUAACUUGUUUACCAUGAUGGUCAGUCAAUGAACAUAUCUACAGGAGGUGGCUGAUUAACUUUGCUGUUUUGUUAAAAGUAUAUUACACAAAAGCGUAAACAAAACUACACUCUACAAGAAUUGUGUACAAUGUUAAUAAAUGUGAAGUCAUCCAUUUCAGUAGGAAUAACAAUAAAAAGGACUAUUAUUUGAAUGGUAAGAAACUGCAAAGGGACCUGGGUGUCCAUGUGCAUGAAUCACAGAAGGUUGGUCUGCAGAUGCAUCAGCUAAUUAAAAAGCCAAAUGGAAUUUUGUUCAUCCUUUGCUAAAGCAGGGAGGUUAUGUUGCAGCUGUACGGGGUGCUGGUGAAGCCGCACCUGGAGUAUAGUGUACAAUUGUGGUCUUGAGAAGGGAUAUCCUGGCACUUGAAGGGGUACAGGGGAGGUUCAUUAGGUUGGUUCUGGAGUUGAGGGGUUAGCUUAUGAGGAGAGACUGAGUAGACCAGGAUUAUAUUCAUUGGAAUUUAGAAGAAUGGGAGGCGAGAGGAGAGAGAAUCUUGUAGAAACACACACAAUUAUGAAGGGAAUAGAUAAGAUAGAAGCAGAGGAUGUUUCCACUGGUGGAUGAAACUAGGAUAAAAGGCAUAGCCUCAAAAUUAGGGGGAGCAAAUGGUUGUGAAUCUUGUCCAGGAAGUAGUUGAGGCUUCCUCAGUAGAUGUUUUUAAAGCUAAAAUAGGUAAUAUUUUGAAUAGUAAAGGGUUUAAGGGUUAUGGUGAGAGGGUAGGUGAGUGAAACUAAGACCAUGAAAAAAAUCAGCCAUGAUCUUAUUGAGGCGUGGAACAGGCUUGAAUGACCAGAUGGCCUACUCCCGCACCUAGUUCUUAUGUUACAAAUAUCUGAUAUAAAUAUUAAAACUUUUUUCCCUCAACAACAACCUUACAGAUUAUCAACCCCCAUUGAAAGAUCAGCCUACUCCCAUUUUACAAGCUUUCAGUCAGUAUGGCUGAUAAGUAGUUUAUUUUUGGCACACCUCUGCAUUUACUUGAUCAUCAUUUUUCAGCUGGUAUUUCUCGCUGAGACCCUUGGACUGCUAUCACAACUAAUUUUUUUUUUUAACAAUGACUUCCUCAGAUUCCUCUUUCACGUCAUUCUGUUUCUGGAGCUUUUCUCUUGCUGACUAUAAGCCACUCAGCUUGUUUUUGUUAUGUCCUGAUUAUUUUAGAGAUUUAAGGCCUGUAACUGCAGCAACAUUUUUUUCUCUCUGAUUUGGUUCUUUGAAAGAAACCUGGGUACAAUCUGACCUUCUGGCUAAUUCGAUUUUUACUAAAAAUUAUAGAUUUCCGUCUUGUAUCAUAGGGGACUUUGUUCCGAGGCACAACCCAUCUCUCUUUUUGUUACUCUUCUACUCGUCGUUUCUCAGUGUUGAACUAUUCACCUCAAGGAUUUUUAAAGCACAAAUUGCCAGAUAACCUUUUACCACUUGAAACUCAGAACAGAGACUAAAAUUAUAUCUGUUCUUUUAAAUGUCUACAAGAGAUCCAAAAUCAAGCUAUAAAUAGUACUGUCCAUUUUAGCACCCAAGUUUUCAAAUUAAAAUAAUAUAUCAUGAUCCUUAUCAUUUCUACAAAUCAAACUGAUGCUUUAUCCCUGGGUAAAGGCCUGAACAAGGAGAUGUAAACAUUUCCAACUCUUUAAAGCCAGUUACAACCUUAUCAACCGAAACUCUACUAGUCAACAACCCAGUAACUAAAUGAAAUCACAGAUGCACAGAAAUCUGAUGAAGGAUGUGCUUCAAUUUGAGAAGACUAUCAGAGAAAGAACUAGGCCAUUCAGUCCAUCAAGUCAGUUCACUAAUCAAGAAGGUCAUGGCUGAACUGAUAAUGAUUAUUUUCACUUUAUCUUUUCUCCAACACCUUAUCUUCCCUUGCUAAUUAAAAAUGUCUAUUUCAGCCUUUCGUCUAUUUAAUGAUCCAGCCUCAAUAGUUGUUUGCAAUAAGUUAUUCCACAGAUUCACCAUCUUCAGCAGAAAUCCCUCCUCCAUCUCUGUCUUCAUUGCACAUUUCUGCCCUCUUGUCCUGGCUUCUCCCACAAGGGGAAAUAAACUGUUGUUCUUAAGGUAGAGGUAACUAGGGAUAGGCAAUAAAUGCUGGCACCCAUUUCCUGGUGAACAAAAAAGGUGAUAUUCCAGGGUUGAGGGGGGAUUGGGAGGAGGAGAGUAAAAUGUUAAUUUCUGACGAGCUAAUGAAGUAAUGUACACCAUGAAAUAAUGAAAUGUCACAUGAUCAUGCUGUGUUUUGCAAUUACAAAAUGAAACUGUAAUAAGAGAUUUCAUAUUUAGUGAAUGGUUUCUUUACCUAAACAGACUUGACAUUUUUUUUAGUAGUUCACAAGCUCUAACAUAAGUUAACAUCCAGUAAUUGCCAUAUCUAGUAUAUCAUUGCAUUUUCACUUUGAUGUUUGUUAUCUAUAAACUUCAGUAUUUCACACUCUUGUUCAAAGACUUACCUUUAGGCACAUUUAAGCAACUGCUGGAGAUGCAUAUGGAUAGCAGUGAGUUGAGGGGUGCAUAGAUUAAGUUAUUAUAUUUUUCAUUAGGAUUAAACCUCGGCACAACAUCGUGGACCAAAGGGCCUGUUCUGUGCUGGACUUUUCUAUGUUCUAUAAACGCGAAUGAAAGUUGAUCUUGUGUAAGUGUGACGCCUAUUUUUGGCCAAAAGAUCUGGAAUCUCCAUAUAUCUUGUGUAAAAGUCAACCUGAGUUCUUCACAGAUAACAGAUCAACAAUUGAGAGUCAAGGUAUCCUUUACAUAAAUGUUACAAUGAGGGAAUAAAUCUUUUUCGUGCUUUUGAAUGUUCAAGAUUCAUCUGGUUUUGUAAUGAAUGAGACGUGAUCAGAAUGAAGGGAAUAACUGCAGGAUGGAGAAAAAGGAGGCAAUAGGUAGGCUUCAUCACUGCCACUGAUCUGUGAAUGGAUCGUUAAUUCAUGGAGCUGACACUAUUUUCAAUUCAAAUCAUUCAGAAAAUGUGGAAUUAUGAAUGUAUUGGACAGUACAGAGGAUGAUUAUCUAUGGGAUGACAAAUGAAGAAGCGGAUGCUGUGCUACUUCUAACUAAGGAUAGUGAAGAUGAUGAGGAUCCAUGCAUGAUAUCAUUUAUUCUCAUGAUAAUGAAGCUUUAUUCGGUGGUGAAGAUGUUGAACAGUGUGAUUUUGCAGGAUUUUAAUGAACUUUUAUAUUGGAC